CAGUGAUGAACAACGGUGACGCUGUUGUCUUUGAAAAUGGCGUCAGUGCAUUUGAACUCCCCUGUCAUCUAGCUGAAGUGUUGUUGCGGUUCGCUUCCAAAUUCCCAUUUUGGAUGCGUAGCGACGUUCCUGUUGGGGCAUUUCUCAGUCGCUAGUAGCCACAUAAAAAUGUGGCGAAGCCAACUCUUAAUAAUCAAGUCCGCUGCAUAGUUCGGCCGCAGUUGCCCUGAUCUGCCGUAGGGUUGUCAACUGCUCCGACGGCGGCCAUUGCAGGCUCGGCCUCGCUGGAGCGCCAGUUCGCUCUCCUGGUGCACCCAAUUGGAUGUGUCUUCACCAGCUCCAACCUUACUACAGCACAUAAAUAUUCAGAAUUACAUUUGACAAUUGAGCCUUUUGAAUUUGAGUUUUUGCUUUUUAGCUUCUCCCAAAUAUAAACACACAUGAUCAGUAUGGCUUCUGUACCAGUGUACUGCUUGUGUCGCCUGCCAUAUGAUGUGACUCGCUUCAUGAUCGAGUGUGACAUUUGUCAAGACUGGUUCCAUGGAAGCUGUGUUGGAGUAGAGGAGGAGAAAGCAACAGAGAUAGACCUCUAUCACUGCCCCAAUUGUCAGCUCACUCAUGGACCAUCUGUCAUGCGUAAACGCCGUGGAGGCAACAAGCAAGCAGAUGGAGCCACGACCGGGGUAAGAGACCCCAGCCGUUUGGUGAAGACGGGCAGUCCACAAUUUGUGAGGGAGCUACGAAGUCGAACUUUUCCCAGUGCAGAUGAAGUCCUGUUGAAGCCGUUGGGGGCCCAACUGACAGUGGAGUUUCUUGAAGAGCAUUCGUUCAGUGUUCCUGUCAUGGUGUUGAGGCGAGACGGGCUUGGCAUGACUCUGCCGCCAGCAUCGUUCUGUGUCAGCGACGUCGAACACUACAUUGGUUCGGACAAGGAGAUUGACGUGAUCGACGUGUCUCGCCAGUGUGACCUGAAGAUGCGGCUCGGUGACUUUGCUGAGUACUACAACAGCCCCAACAGAGACCGAGUACUAAAUGUCAUCAGCCUGGAGUUCUCGGAAACCAGGCUUUCAAACCUCGUGGAGACUCCAAAGAUAGUGAGGAAGCUGUCAUGGGUGGAGAACCUCUGGCCUGAGGAGUCUGUGUUUGAGCGGCCCAAUGUGCAGAAGUACUGCCUCAUGGGAGUGAAGGAUAGUUACACAGACUUUCACAUUGACUUUGGAGGCACCUCUGUUUGGUAUCAUGUUUUACGGGGGGAGAAAAUAUUCUACCUAAUAUCCCCCACACCAGCCAAUCUGGCGCUCUUUGAGCGCUGGAAUUCCUCGUCCAAUCAGAACGAGAUGUUUUUUGGAGACCAGGUUGACAUGUGUUACAAGUGCUCUGUCAAACAAGGAAACACUUUGUUCAUUCCAACAGGAUGGAUUCAUGCAGUGCUGACCCCAGUGGACUGUCUGGCCUUUGGGGGAAACUUUUUGCAUAGUCUUAAUAUUGACAUGCAGCUUCGGGCAUAUGAAUUAGAGAAGCGGUUGAGCACAGCAGACUUAUUUAAGUUUCCCAACUUUGAGACAGUGUGCUGGUAUGUUGGGAAACACCUUCUUGAUACCUUCAGAGGUUUGAGAGAAAAUCGCAGACACCCAGCCACUUACCUUGUUCAUGGCGCAAAAGCACUGAAUAAUGCCUUCCGGACUUGGACCAGGAAAGAGGCGCUGGGCAAUCAUGAAGUGGAAAUUCCAGAAACAAUCAAUACGCAGACGCUGGUCAAGGACCUUGCUAAGGAAAUCCGUCUCGUUGAGGACAUUUUCCAACAAAACAUUGGCCGCACUGGGCCACAAUUUCCUGGCUCGCCGCUCUCAAAAGCCCCCUUGACCACCUCUCAGAAUUCAGGCCGCCCCCCUGGAAAGAAGAAAGGCGUCAAACCCAAGGAUGUGAUUGCAGGUCUGGGGCCACCAGGACCCAAAAAGAAGAACCAAAAGGGUCUCCUUAAGACAGAAGCAGGAGAGUUGGACCUGCUUGAGAUCCACACCAAGCAUACACUGAAAAAAAUCCAACCUGGCAAGUCCAGAAGCAAGAACAAGUUGGAGCUGCCUUUAGAGGGCUUUGAAGGAAAGUUAAACAAAAGCAAGUUGAAACUUGUGCUGACCAAUGGGAAAAUUCAAGGCAAGAAAGCGGGUACCAAUGGUGCAGGAGGGGCUGCCAACUACCGGCACCUUGCAAUGGAGGGUUCCAGUCUCUCUGACCUGGAAUCGGAGGACGAGCUCCAAAUAGAUGAGACCCCGCCUCCACGCCGCAAGCUUACUGGAUCAAGCAAGAAGAAGAAAAUCAGCGGUCUUCCAAGAAAGCUGCCCAGAGCCAAGCCUUGCUCCGACCCAAAUCGUAUCCGGGAGCCAGGAGAGGUGGACUUUGACAUUGAGGAGGAUUACACCACAGAUGAGGAGGCACUGGCUGCUCAUGGUGUGAAGGGUGGGGCAGGGGGCAUCCUGGACUUACUGAAGGCCAGCAAGCAGGUGGCAAGCUUGGACCCCUCUGCACUCAGUGAGGAAGCGCCAGCCUCUCCCAGUACUCGCGAUGCCAUCCAGGGCAUGCUCUCCAUGGCGAACCCACCUUCGUCGUCGUCCUCAUCGUCGUCCUCCUCAUCCUCAUCCCCCUUGUCUAUCUCUGGAGGACUGACCGAGGGAUUGGGAAUAGUGAAGGGGAAAGGUGGCCGAGCUGUGUGGGUGACUGGGGGGAUCAAAAAGACCUCUGAGAAAAAAGCAGUCAUCCAAAGACCUGGAAAAAGGCCCAUUAAGCGUCCAGCCCGCCAUCUUAGCGAAGAGGAAAGUCCAGAUGAGCAGGAGACACUGGGAACCUGUUUUAAAGAUUCAGAAUAUGUGUAUCCGUCGUUAGAGUCUGAUGAAGAGGACCAUGCAAACAAGGCCAAGAUGAAGCGCAAGAAAAACUGGGAUGACACACCUUGGAGCCCUAAAGCUCGGGUGAUGCCAACGCUUCCAAAACAGGACCGACCAGCCCGAGACGGAGCUCGAGUGGCGUCGGUGGAAACGGGCCUGGCAGCAGCUGCAGCCAAGCUAGCGCAGCAGGAGCAGCAAAAGCCUGCUAAAAGGAAGUACACCAAAAAGGUGCGUCCUCCUGUCCCUGUUGCGAGCCCUCCUCCAGUUCAUGCAGAUCAGGCUCCGCCCUCGCCAGCGCACCUUCCAGAGUCGGCACCAGACUUCAGCCCACACAGGAGGAUGGAUUACUAUUCGGCCAGUCUACUGGACCAUGAAUACACAGCAGGGCCGGGACCUUUUGGGCCCGGUGGCCCUCGAGGCGGCGGUGCCAUGGCCCCGGGGGUAUUCCUUACUUCACGCCGACCAUCCUUGUCUCCGCAAAACAGCAGCUCACUCUCUGGUGCGUCGCCUUCAGGGCUAGCCAGUCAUGGCACGGCAGGCGUCGGUCAAGGGAAACGUCCAAAGAAAGGACUUGCAACAGCAAAACAGAGACUUGGGAAAAUUUUAAAGAUUCACCGCAAUGGCAAACUGCUUUUGUGAUGGAAUCUGCAACUGCCGCUGAAUACCUGAGUAGGGAUACUUUUUUUUGUCCAAA